AACCCUUGACUUCAGGUGCAACCCAACUAGGGCAGAAUAAGGCGCAUUUAGGUAUCACUCUUUUGUUAUUAGGACUUUAUCUGAGUUCAGAGAGGGCACUGGGCUCCGGGCUCAGCAGGGUCUUCAGUCUAGGAGGAAGUUCUUUCCCCAGCUCACUCAGAGGCCCCUCAAGAGUACUUUUGCUCGCUCCCUCUCGUCCCCAUCUUCCCACUGGCCCUGGCGGACUUGGUCAGGCUCCUCCACCGAGAAGCGAUCGCUUGGUAGCAUCCGCAGACGCCGGAGCGAGCCAGUGCUGGGGGAUCAGGGAGGCGGUGCUAAAGCCCGCCCAGGCGCAGCGGAGGCGGUGGCUCUUUCUCGCUCCUAGUUCCUCGCCGGCCCGGCGCUCAGCGGAGCCAGCCGGCUGCAGCUUUCUCUUGCCGGUUGUUAGUCUGUAGCUGUUGCCCUCGCUCGCCGGUUGUUAAUCUGUAGCUGUUGUUUUCGCUCGCCGGUUGUUGGUCUGUAGCUGCUACGAAUCAGAGUGCCAGUCCGCUCUGGCUCCUGUCUUCAAACGAUCCUUGGCUGCCUGUAGCGCUGCCCGGACCCUCCGGCAAGGACUCCGCUCGGAGCAGCUAAACAGCAGGUGUGGAGACUGGGAGAUCUCAGGAGGGCAGGACUAUCAGCACAAUUGCCUUCUGUUUGCUACUCUAUCUCAGAGGUAACGACUCAAGCUCUUUCAUGUUUGACUGUUGGAGGUUUAUCCUGUGCAAGGAAACUGGAAGUAGCCAUUGUCCUUCAUCCCCGCCUCAGACUAAUGAGGUCAAAGAGGAAGAAACUGAGCAUCAGAUUGAUGUGUCUGAUGUCAUCCGGCUUGUUCAAGAUAAACAGCAGGUGACAGUUAUAGAACCAGAUGAAAUCAUGCACCAGGAUAUCGCUCCCCUCUGUGCCGCUGAUAUUGAAGACCAACUGAAAAAGCAAUUUGCUUACCUGUCUGGUGGACGGGGGCAAGAUGGAUGUCCAGUCAUCACAUUCCCAGAUUAUCCAGCUUUCAGUGAAAUUCCCGAGAAGGAGUUUCAGAAUGUCUUGACCUAUCUGACCAGCAUUCCCAGUUUACAGGACACUGGAAUUGGAUUUAUCCUCGUCAUAGACCGGAGACAAGACAAAUGGACCUCUGUGAAAGCCUCUGUCCUUCGGAUAGCAGCAUCUUUCCCAGGGAACCUGCAACUUGUCCUUGUUCUACGCCCAACAGGAUUUUUACAAAGGACUCUCUCAGACAUUGCUUUCAAAUUCAAUAGAGAUGAAUUUAAAAUGAAGGUACCUAUCAUAAUGCUCAGUUCAGUACCAGAAUUGCAGAGUUAUAUUGACAAAACACAGCUAACAGAAGAUCUUGGUGGGACCCUGGACUACUGUCAUAGCAGGUGGCUAUCUCACCGCACAGCUAUUGAAAGUUUCGCCCUAAUGGUUAAGCAAACAGCUCAAAUGCUCCAGUCCUUUGGGACAGAACUGGCUGAGACAGAAUUACCUAAUGAUGUACAAUCAACCAGCUCCAUUCUUUCAGCACACACAGAGAAGAAAGGCAAAAUGAAGGAAGAUAUGAUGUUAGCAUUAAAAGAGGGGCACACUAUCCUUGAAAGCAUUAGGGAGCCACUGGCCAAGAAUCCUGAGUACAACCUGAAUCAAGAUCAGCUUGACAAUCAGACCACAGUGCAAAGGCUUCUGGAUCAGCUGGGUGAAACAGAAUCUGCUUUUGAUGAAUUUUGGGCUAAGCAUCAGCAGAAACUUGAACAGUGUCUACAGCUCCGGAAUUUUGAGCAGAAUUUUCGAGAGGUGAAAGCCAUCUUAGACGUUGUAUCAGAGAGGUUAUCAGCCUUCACUGAUGUGGGAAAUAGCUAUGCUCACGUGGAACACAUGCUAAAGGACCUUGCUAGCUUCGAAGAAAAAUCCAAUGAAGCUGUAGCGAAGGCUAGAGCCUUGUCUUUGGAAGGUAACCAGCUGAUCCAAAGCAAGCAUUACGCUGUGGACUCCAUCUUGCCAAAAUGCAAUGAACUCCAGCACCUCUGUGAUGAAUUCACAGCUGAGAUGGGUAGAAGGAGAAAUCUUCUCCACCAGUCAUUGGAGCUCCAUAGUCUUCUUGAAAAGUCUAUGAAAUGGUGUGAUGAAGGUAUUUACCUGCUAGCUUCCCAGCCCGUGGACAAAUGCCAGUCCCAGGAUGGAGCUGAGUCAGCCCUACAAGAGAUCGAGAAGUUUUUAGACACGGGUGCAAAAAAUAAAAUCCAGGAGCUAAAUAAAGUUUACAAAGAAUAUGAAUCUAUUCUCAAUCCAGAUCUGAAGGAGCAUGUACAAAAGGUCUUUCAAAAACAAGAGAGCAUGGAAGAAAUGUUCCAGAAGAGACAGGUGAGCCUGAAGAAACUGGCAGCAAAGCAGACCCGGCCAGUGCAGCCAGUGGCACCAAGACCAGAAGCGUUUACAAAAUCCCCCUGCCCUUCUCCAGGUCUUCGAAGAGGUUCUGAGAAUGCAUCUGAAGGCAAUGUACCAAGAAGAGGAAACUACAGAAGAGCAAAGAGUGAAAUGAGUGAUAUCCAACAGGGCAGAAGUGGCUCAAUGAUGGAUGAUGAAGAAAAUCUGGCAAUAUUGCGAAGGCAUGUAAUGAAUGAGCUUAUUGAAACAGAGAGAGCAUAUGUGGAAGAGCUCCUUUGUGUCCUUGAGGGAUAUGCUGCAGAGAUGGAUAAUCCUCUAAUGACGCAUCUCAUCUCACCAGCCCUCCAAAAUAAGAAGGAUGUCCUAUUUGGGAAUAUGGAGGAGAUUUAUCACUUCCAUAACAGAAUAUUCCUGAGAGAACUUGAAAACUACAUAGACUACCCAGAACUGGUAGGAAGGUGUUUUCUAGAAAGGAUGGAAGAUUUUCAGAUUUAUGAGAAGUAUUGUCAAAAUAAACCCAGGUCAGAAAGUCUCUGGAGGCAGUGCUCAGACUGUGUAUUUUUUCAGGAAUGCCAGAGAAAACUCGAUCACAAACUCAGUUUGGAUUCUUAUUUGCUGAAGCCUGUACAAAGAAUAACCAAGUAUCAGCUAUUAUUAAAGGAAAUGCUGAAAUACAGUAAAAACUGUGAAGGAGCCGAGGAUCUACAGGAGGCGUUGACUUCUAUCCUUGGAAUUCUCAAAGCUGUCAAUGAUUCCAUGCACCUGAUUGCCAUCACUGGCUAUGAUGGAAACUUAAAUGAAUUAGGCAAGCUCCUGAUGCAAGGCUCCUUUAGUGUUUGGACAGAUCACAAGAAGGGCCAUGCCAAAGUGAAAGACCUGGCCAGAUUUAAGCCAAUGCAGAGACAUCUGUUCCUCCAUGAGAAAGCAGUUCUAUUCUGUAAAAAGAGAGAAGAGAACGGAGAAGGCUAUGAAAAAGCCCCUUCGUACAGUUACAAGCAAUCCUUAAAUAUGACCGCUGUUGGAAUAACAGAGAAUGUUAAAGGGGAUGUUAAGAAAUUUGAAAUCUGGUAUAAUGCGAGGGAAGAGGUUUACAUCAUACAGGCCCCAACUCCUGAAAUUAAAGCAACCUGGGUAAAUGAAAUCCGCAAAGUCUUAACCAGUCAGCUACAGGCUUGUAGAGAGGCCAGUCAGCACCGAGCACUGGAACAGACUCAGAGUUUGCCAUUACCUACAUCCUCUAACACAAGUCCCUCGAAAAAUCAAACAAAGAACGUUAAAAAAUUGGAAGAAAGAAAAACCGACCCUGCAAUCCUGGAGGGAUAUGUCAGUUCAGCAUCAGGGCCGAAGAACCCAGACAAAAGCAAAGAUGACACAGUUACUAGCUCUACCUCAGAGAGCUCUGCGCUGUCCAAAAAGCGCUUUACACUGCAGGGUUUUGCUAACCUCAAAAGUCAGAAAGCUUCUCCUACCAGUCCUGACAAAAAAGCUAAGCGACAUGAAGUUAAGAGUGAUCCAACUCCUUUUGGUUUAAGAGAUGCAAGCUCAGUAGUAACACUGACCAGGGCCAGGUGGUUCAGCUCAUCUAACUUGACCCCAGCAGCCCAGCACAGGAAAGGUUGGACGAAAACUUCCUAUUCACUUGAUGCUGCUGAAGACAAUGAUGGCUGGUCAAGUACUGAGGAGCCCCUGAAUUCAUCAGAUGCGGAGGAAGAAGGUGGAGCAGGACCCAAGAAACUGGUUCCUGGCAAAUAUACAGUUGUGGCUGACCAUGAUGAAAAAGGAGGUCCAGAAGCCCUUGCUGUGAAAAGUGGAGAUAUAGUAGAAUUGCUACAUGAGGGAGAAGAGGGACUUUGGUUUGUAAAGAACCUGACCACCAGCAAGGAAGGCUGGGUACCAGCCAGCAACCUGUUGGCAUUGAUUGGCAACUCAAAAUCAGCUCAGUCUUUGAGCAGCUCAGAAUCUGGUACUGGUUCUACCUUUCUGAGCUCCUCCUCAAGCUGCAGUGAGAGUUGCAAUGCCACCUUCUCGGACAUCAAGGGUUAACAACUAAGGGCUUUCUUAUUAAGAUUCCUGAAAUGAGGACAUCACGUGCAAACUUCUGACAGCCCAAUUGCAGAAGCGAAAACCAUCAUGUACAUCUGACAGUUUUGUCUUGCUUGGAAUUUACUUAGUUUAGAGAAGUUUCUUUUAAAAAUAAAAGAAGAUUUAGAAGAUAACUCUGAGAAUCUGAAAAUAAUUUACUAGAAAAACUCCUGAGCUACAUGUAGAACGACAUAAGGUGCAAGAAUAAAGGGAAAUUGUUCUGACGUGGAACACUCAAGAAGCUUCUCAUCUCUAGUCUCGAUUCCAGAGCUCAUUUCCUAAUGUACAAUAUUCCAAUUUUCACAGAAAGAUACCAGUUCAGUCAUGCCACAUUGGAAGAAAUGGACAGUGGUGAAUGCCCUGGCAAAAAACAAGGCUUUGUACAAAGUACGGCUAAGCAAACUUACACUGUUAAUCGUACUCUCAAUGAACAUUCUUUUAUGGGUUGAUAGUGUCUCAUCACAAAUAACUAGAAAUGAAGUUUUGAUUCAGUUUUUCUUCUUUUGUUUUCUUCUGCAAGAAUAUGCAUCCUUUUGAAGUUGGUGGCUAAAGAAAUGAACACUUCACUGACCUAACAGCUUGGAGACAGGACUAUUUUCUCUUCUACAACUUUUUUUAAGGGAAUUAUUUGGUGGCCAUUUUUUUGGUGGUACUUUGGCCUCUAACUAAGUUCUUUACCAAGAAUCACUGUGUUUACAAAAAAAAAAAAAUUUGAUACCGCCUUUGAUACAGAACUAUUUUUUGUUACUAGGGUUCACAUUUAAACAUAUUUGUAAAGUUAAAUGUUAUCUUACCUGUCUGUAAUACCGAAGUAACUUCAUUCGGCUGAAGCUCUUUGGUUGUCAGUGAAUGAAAUUAGGCUGGUUUCAAUUGCCAGAAGAAAAUAUAAACUAUAAAAUAUUCAUCAUUUUUUUCUACCAAAAAGAAAAGGUGUGGGGGAACUCUUUCCAUUUUUUAAGACCUUCUCUAUAUUACAUAUCUUUUUUUACUGUUUUUAAAUAAAUGGUAAAGAUACAAUUUUUGCAGGCUACUAGCCCAACCAGUGCUCUUUAUUAUAGCCUGAGAUUCUCUGAGAUCUAACCUUCCACUACGCGGGCUUAGAUCUUAGAUCUACUCUAAUUCAGAAUUUUCCUCUGCUUAAGAAACAAAGCUUUGGUCAUCCAUAUGACAUUAUUUUACAAUACUUUGAUUAUAUCAAUAUAAAUGCAGAGAUUUUUUUUUUUUUGCUCAAGGCAGAACUGAAAAGGAAAUGCCUCGUUUUUUUGAUUGUGUCUGUGUGUGUCUGUGUGUUUCAGAAAACAAAACUCCUGUUCUACUGAUAGUUGAAACACACUCUGUACCUAAUUGGGGCAGAUAUUUUUUAUAUGUAUGUAUAUAUGUUAAUGCGUGUAUAUGUGUAUAUAUAAAUAUUGAUGUAAAGGAUGUAUUUAUAGUCUUCAUGCUGCUGAGAGUAUGUCACUUUACAAUCCAUAAAUACAAGUCUUCACGAAUGCCUGAAACAUGAGACUGAUCGAGGCUUUUGUUUCCUAGUCUGUAUCCCAUAUGCUCUAUCAGAAGGAAAUCGUUCCCCGUUUCCUAUGGCCUGUGAAUCUCUCCUUAGCCAGAAACUUCUUGCCUCAAGUGAGGUAUUGAUAAUGGAACAUGGGAAGAGGCAUGAUGGCUUUUCUUCAGGUUUGUAAAUUAUUUGUAAAUGCCAUGUAACAUAAUUUACUUGUUUAUUGUUCGGAUGCUUUCCUUGCUACAGACUCGCUACUUUGUGAUUGUCUCAUCUCAGCACUUUAAAACCUCACAUUUCAUUCACUGUUACCUUUUUUUUCUACUGCUAAUGUAAAUGACGUACAAAAUUAGAAUUCUUUAUUGUAUGUAUUAUGGUUGGAUGAAUAAAUUUCAGCAGCUCUUUGCUGUAUGUAUAUCCUUCAUUUUAUAAAGAGAACCAUA